ACACUUCCGAAAAGCGAGCCAUUUCGGACAUUCUGCAUCUUCGUGGUGUUACGCUCGGAGCGAUGUCGUCCAUAACUGCCACUUGAUACUACACCUACUGCUUGAUCUGGCAGCAAAAUAGAAAAGUUUUAAAGUGUCUUAAUAGUAUCAACUAGCGCCUUUUAUCUCGAAAGUCGAAAGAAAUAACAACAAAGUUUGACAAGGAGGAAAGAUGAUGGAAGAAAGACGAAGAAGCUGCGCUUAACCGUGCCGCCCUGUGGUGCCAGUGUGUUGUUUGGACCGACUUCAAAACCGAAUCACUCAGCACAGUUUUUGUGCUUACUUAACUGUUUUUCGGGUUUUGCUUUGAAAUAAAAAAAUUAAAAAUCAUAGUAUUGAAAAUUUUAAAACUUUAGUCACUGGUUUGAAGUCCACAAACGAGGUUAUCGUGAAGUUACUGCUGAUCGUGAAAUCCAGGAUUGCAGGUAGAAUGGCUGGAGUUCGUGCUUUUAGUGCUUCGCUGAAAGAACUUAGGAUAAUUCUUUGCCAGAAAGGAGAAUCGAGCAAGGGUGUCAGAGAUUUUUUAGAGCAAUUCUAUAUCCCUUUAAAGCAGCAGAAUCCUAAACUGCCCAUUUUGGUUCGCGAAUGCAGUGGAAUAACUCCGAAAGUACAUGCGCGUUACGACUACGGGCAGGAAAAUUCUGUGGACCUUUCAGGAAUGCACAAAGAGCAGGUUUUAAACACUGUGAACACCUUAGCGGAUGCACGUUAGUCUUCCUGGUGGAGUCGCAUGCAGUGAGCAAGAAAGAAGCAUUGGCAGUUUGCUGCAAAGUUUGGUUGAUGUACAUUUUAAAACAGUGUGUGUACAUUUUAAAACAGUGUGCUUUGCGUUUUUGCAUUUAUGUUUAGUAAAUCUGUAAAUCUGGAAAAUUUUACGGCUUACCGGCUUGGUGCUGCGGCAGCCGACAGACGAAAUUUAAUGUUGGCUUUGUUUAGAUGGGAAUGUGUAACAUAAUUCAAUAAGCGCUCGAGUUUUCCGUUGCUACAUGGAAGUGUACGCUCUGGAAAGCUAUUGUGUUGUAGUUCAAAUGCUGGAAUAGUUUCCUGAAAUUUUGAAAAUGUGAAUAAACUUUGUAAACGGAAAUAAAUUUUUAGAUGUUA